AUGACCAAAGUUUUUUUUCUGCGUCCCACAGGGUCCAUUUUACUGCUAUUUUCGAAAUUUUACUUUUUAAGAAAAAUGGCUGGUGGCAAAGGUAAAGCCGGAAAGGACUCAGGAAAAUCGAAAUCAAAAGUGAUUUCACGUAGUGCUCGAGCUGGUCUUCAGUUUCCUGUAGGCCGUAUUCAUCGUUUCCUCAAGCAAAGGACGACAUCCACUGGUCGAGUAGGAGCAACUGCUGCUGUUUAUAGUGCUGCUAUUCUUGAAUAUCUCACUGCUGAAGUAUUAGAAUUAGCUGGGAAUGCUUCAAAGGAUCUCAAGGUCAAGAGAAUCACUCCUAGGCAUCUUCAUCUUGCCAUUCGGGGCGAUGAAGAGCUCGACACGCUCAUCAAAGCAACUAUUGCUGGAGGAGGAGUUAUCCCACAUAUUCACCGUUACUUGAUGAACAAGAAGGGCCAGCCGCAACCGGGACAAAAGGUCGCUCCCCCGCCCUAG